AUGGACAAAAUUACCCACUAUCCGUACAAUGAGCUGGAGCACGAUAGCGAAAAGAGGACUACAAGCCAAAGCAAGGUCAAUGAUACCAAACGCCACGGCAGCUUCAUCAUUCCUCCAACCAAAUUGGCAGAAUCCCCAUUUCACGAUGAAGCACGUGGAUCUUUGGGCUGUGGAAGGCUGCAGCAUAAGCCCGUGACUUUCUCACCGAAGAAGAAGAGUGUUCAGAUGCUAAAAUAUCGCGUCAGGAACCAACAUGGAGAGUUCGAAGAUGAAACAGAAGGUGAAGAUAAAGAAAAUGAAACCGGUGGCCAAGCUGACAGUACUUGGAAUGCGAACCAAAGCGAUGAAGAUCUAGAUCUAGAAGAUUCCGGGUUUGAGUUUGGUUUCGAGAAGGAACCCGAUAGCCUUACAACUAGACUACCUGAUAACAUCAGAAUCGAACAUCACAAACCAACCGAGGCUAAAGGUCAUGAAUCAAUAUUAAUUGAAACAAAAGCUCAUGAAACAGUCGUGAUCAAAACUCAAAAUCAUGAAUCUAAGACCCAAGAUCAUGAGAUCGAAGCCGAGGGUCACAUCAGCCCGAUCGAAUCUGAAGAUGAUGAAACGAUCAAAGCUAAAGCAGAAUAUGAAGCUUCUGACACAGAUAGCUUUCAACGAGCUGCCUCCGUCACUUCUUCAUGCAUCGACUCUCUCGAGAAUGCUUCGAUCGUUUCAGCGAAGGAAGUCAUGAUCACAUCUCACACCGCUAAAGAAGUCUCAUUGGAAGAACGCUCACUCAUCCAACCUUACGAUGAUGACAUGACUGCACCAUUGAUACCUAAGUCAAAGCAGUUCGAGACUACCGUCUACGGAAGGGAAGGGACUCACCGUGUCUUCCAAUUUUUUAGACGACAAUCCCAACCCGCAACCGAACUGGGCUUGAACAAGGAAAAUAAUCCAAAGAACGAAAAUGAUGCAGCUAUUCGGGUUCCAAGAGUCGGACGUCGUCGCCCUCGCCCUCCACCCCCCGGAGUCGAGAGAUUGGAUUACGAUACAUACCCUGGCUUGGUCUCGCGCCCUGAAGGAAAGAAAGAUCAAGGGUCUCAUACCCCGGUUUCGCCUCCAGAAUUCAAAAAAGACGCAGUCCAGACUCUGUUGUCCCCCCCGAAGGCCGCGAAAGAACAGGCAACUGCCUUGGAGCCAAGCACCUCUGCUUCAACUCUCAAUAGGACCAAAGUCACCAUCCUACCAUCUCCAUCUUUCUAUCCACCUUCUCCAGAUGGGCCAGCCCCACCUCCCCCACCAAAGGACACCAAUAAAACCUAUCAAGGACGUCAAACUCCAGGUCAACGCAGCGAAACUCCAAACCGUCGCCCGACACCAUCUCCAACUCCUUCCAAAAAGUACAAGGAACUCAACCUCAGGCCACCAAUUCCCAUCGUGCCUCUUCAACAGACCAUGCACCUAUAUGCUAGCACCGGACACCUUCCUCUCCCCAAACACAACCACAACAGUGUUAACAGCAACACACUCGAAGCAAAGGAGAAGGACAGCCUCGCUGGCCUCCCUAACUUCAGUCGUCGAAGGACACUCUUUGGAAACCGCCUUGCCGUUCCAAACCCCAAUGAGAACCAUCUUCGUCGAGCUACUUACAACUCACCUUCUACCCACUCGGUUCGUUUGCCAAUACCUCAGAGCCUCGGGAUGCAACUUCCCCAAAGGCCUGGUACGUCUUGUGGCACUAAUCGACCGGAUAGCAGCGCCACUGCUCAAAACUCCAAGAGGGAGAGGUUUAAAAACUUCUUUAGGAAGCUUUGA